CGUUGUCUGGGAUCCAGCUUGCCUUUAGAUAGACGGAGUUUAGGAAAGGACUCGAGGGGUGUUUUUCGUGCUUGGCGGACACUGGAUUCGGGUGUUUCUCACCGUGAAUGUUUUAUUUCGGCCGUUUAUGUGACUACGGCUGAUACCUGUUUGAGGUAGCUGGGAAGCUUCGGGUUUAUUGAAUGAGUUGCUGGUGUGUUUGCUCUUUGGUGAACUCUUUCAUGUUGCGGGAACUCCAGAAGUGAGCUAGGUCCCGAGUAACUUGUCUAAGCAUUACGAGACUUGCCUGCGGUUGGAGUCGACCAUGACAACCAGUGGAAUGAUGAUUGUGCUGGCCCUUGCUGUGGCUUUUACUGAAGGAGCUGAGGUGACGUUUGUGCGCUGCCCCAACGGAGCCCUGUGCCCGGACCGCACCACCUGCUGCCUCCAGAACAGCGGACAGUAUGGCUGCUGUCCGUACCAGUUUGCCGUGUGCUGCAGCGAUCACCUGCACUGCUGCCCGGAAGGAUACCACUGCAACAUGUCUAACGGGACCUGCCUCCAGAUAAGCACAACCACCAAGAAGGUCGAGACACUGCUGACGCCUAUGGUACUCUCACAGCAGCUGGGUCCCAACGCGCCAGCGGUCGAAGACGUCCGGUGCCCCGAUAGAAGUUUCUGCCGGGACGGGGAAACCUGCUGUAUGUUUGGGGGUGGCUUCUACGACUGUUGUCCGUACCCUCACGCCGUGUGCUGCAGCGACCACGCGUCCUGUUGCCCGGAGGGCUACCGCUGUGAGGUGUCUACCCGCUCGUGUGUGGCCGGCAACUCAACGCUUCCCAUGCUGAAGAAAAUCGACACAAUCCGAGAAAGCUCUUUAAAAGAACCCACCCCUGGCGAAAGCAUCCGGUGCCCAGAUGGAAAUUUCUGCCAAGACGGCCAAACCUGCUGUCUGCUUUCGGGAGGCCGGUACGGCUGUUGUCCGUACCCCCACGCCGUGUGCUGCAGCGACCACGCGUCCUGCUGCCCGGAGGGCUACCGCUGCAAGGUGUCUACCCGGUCGUGUGUGGCCGGCAACUCAACGCUUCCCAUGCUGAAGAAAAUCGACACAAUCGGAGGCAGCCCUUUGAAAGAACCCGUUCCUGUCGAGAGGGUCCGUUGCCCGGACGGCAAUUACUGCCAAGACGGCCAGACGUGUUGCCUUACCACGGUAGGCCGCUUCGGCUGCUGUCCUUACCCCCACGCCGAGUGCUGCAGCGAUUACGCCAGCUGCUGCCCCGAGGGAUACCGCUGCAAGGUGUCUACCCGGUCGUGUGUGGCCGGCAACUCAACGCUUCCCAUGCUGAAGAAAAUCGACACAAUCGGAGGCAGCCCUUUGAAAGAACCCGUUCCUGUCGAGAGGGUCCGUUGCCCGGACGGCAAUUACUGCCAAGACGGCCAGACGUGUUGCCUUACCACGGGAGGCCGCUUCGGCUGCUGUCCUUACCCCCACGCCGAGUGCUGCAGCGACCACGCCAGCUGCUGCCCCGAGGGAUACCGCUGCCAGCUGUCCACCCACUCUUGCAUCCUUGGCAACUCGACGGUGGCCAUGUUGAAGAAGAUCAGCACGUUCAGCGAUAGCCCAGCUUCUGGCAAUACGGUGUCGUGUCCCGACGGCAGUUCCUGCCUCGACCAGCAGACCUGUUGUCAGUCGAAAAACGGGACAUACGGCUGCUGUCCGCUUCCCGAAGCGGUCUGCUGCCCUGACCACGAGACGUGCUGUCCGAAAGGAACCGUUUGUGUCGAGGCAAUCCAGGCGUGCCUUGGCCUCAACGAGAUGUCGCCUAUGCUGAAGAAAGUCCCAGCCUUCAGAACUGACAAGAAGCCUCGCCUCGUGUCGGACGUGCAGUGCCCCGACGGAGGCAGUUGCCCCGACGGUCAGACAUGCUGCCAGCUACAGGGCGGGAGCUACGGCUGCUGCCCCUACGAGAACGCCACUUGCUGCUCUGACGACGUGCACUGCUGCCCCAGCGGAUACGAGUGCGACACGGCCACGGCUUCUUGCCUCAAGGGAGACAUCUUCGCAGCGGCCUUGAGGAAGCUCCCGGCACGGAGACCACUGUCGCCGGCCGUGAACGACGCAAGGCGCGAAAGCAUCCGGUGCCCAGAUGGAAAUUUCUGCCAAGACGGCCAAACCUGCUGUCUGCUUUCGGGAGGCCGGUACGGCUGUUGUCCGUACCCUCACGCCGUGUGCUGCAGCGACCACGAGUCCUGCUGCCCGGAGGGCUACCGCUGCAAGGUGUCUACCCGGUCGUGUGUGGCCGGCAACUCAACGCUUCCCAUGCUGAAGAAAAUCGCCACAAUCGGAGGCAGCCCUUUGAAAGAACCCGCUCCUGUCGAGAGGGUCCGUUGCCCGGACGGCAAUUACUGCCAAGACGGCCAGACGUGUUGCCUUACCACGGGAGGCCGCUUCGGCUGCUGUCCUUACCCCCACGCCGAGUGCUGCAGCGACCACGCCAGCUGCUGCCCCGAGGGAUACCGCUGCCAGCUGUCCACCCACUCUUGCAUCCUUGGCAACUCGACGGUGGCCAUGUUGAAGAAGAUCAGCACGUUCAGCGAUAGCCCAGCUUCUGGCAAUAUGGUGUCGUGUCCCGACGGCAGUUUCUGCCUCGACCAGCAGACCUGUUGUCAGUUCAAAAACGGGACAUACGGCUGCUGUCCGCUUCCCGAGGCGGUCUGCUGCCCUGACCACAAGACGUGCUGUCCGAAAGGAAAAGUUUGUGUCCCGCUAAUCCACGCGUGCCUUGGCCUCAACGAGAUGUCACCUAUGCUGAAGAAAGUCCCAGCCUUCAGAACUGACAGGAAGCCUCGCCUCGGCAAUACGGUGUCGUGUCCCGACGGCAGUUCCUGCCUCGACCAGCAGACCUGUUGUCAGUUCAAAAACGGGACAUACGGCUGCUGUCCGCUUCCCGAGGCGGUCUGCUGCCCCGACCACAAGACGUGCUGUCCGAAAGGAAAAGUUUGUGUCGAGGCACUCCACGCGUGCCUUGGCCUCAACGAGAUGUCACCUAUGCUGAAGAAAGUCCCAGCCUUCAGAACUGACAAGAAGCCUCGCCUCGUGUCGGACGUGCAGUGCCCCGACGGAGGCAGUUGCCCUGACGGUCAGACAUGCUGCCAGCUACAGGGCGGGAGCUACGGCUGCUGCCCCUACGAGAACGCCACUUGCUGCUCUGACGACGUGCACUGCUGCCCCAGCGGAUACGAGUGCGACACGGCCACGGCUUCUUGCCACAAGGGAGACAUCUUCGCAGCGGCCCUGAGGAAGCUCCCGGCACGGAGACCACUGUCGCCGGCCGUGAACGACGCAAGGCUGUCGGACGUGCAGUGCCCCGACGGAGGCAGUUGCCCCGACGGUCAGACGUGCUGCCAGCUACAGGGCGGGAGCUACGGCUGCUGCCCCUACGAGGAUGCCACUUGCUGCUCCGACGACGUGCACUGCUGCCCCAGCGGAUACGAGUGCGACACGGCCACGGCUUCUUGCCGCAAGGGAGACAUCUUGGCAGCAGCCUUGAGAAAGCUUCCGGCAAGGAGACCACUGUCGCCGAUCGUGAACGACGCAACGCCGACGAACCAAAAGUGUCCGGACGGGGCCCAGUGCGACGACGACCAGACGUGUUGUGAGCUCACCGACCACAGCUACGGCUGCUGUCCUUACAACCACGCCGUGUGCUGCCCCGACCUCGUCCAUUGCUGCCCCGAGGGGUACACGUGUGACACGACCGAAAUGACCUGCGUCCAAAGCACAAACCGCUCGUCGAUCCCGCUGACAAGGCUCUCCCUUCGUUCCUCCCUCAACUCGGUCGAAGUUCAAGUCCGGGACACCACGUGCAAAGACGGCCACAUUUGCCCCGGGGACACCACGUGCUGCCCGACGCCCAGCGGCAGAUACAACUGCUGCCCCUUCGCGUCCGGGGUGUGCUGCUCCGACGGCGAGCACUGCUGCCCACAGGGCUUCCAGUGCGACCUGAGCACGCAACGCUGCGUCCGCGGCGCCCUCUACCCGUUCCUCGAGAAAGUGCCCAUGCACCCCAAGUUUCCCAGCGCGGCGAAUUUGCCCUGAGCUACUCGAACUGCGUCCCCAGAGCUACCAGACAAGCUACGCGUCGGGGUAACGACGCGUCAGCCGCCUUUUUGAGCCAAAAUAAUUUUUAGAGUUGUAUGAAGCUUUAUUUAAAACCAAACUAAACGCUUUCCCGUCCCUGAAAAAAAAUGUUAAAACAGCCCUGGCCAGGUUAAAGCGACAUUACCGGGACUUGCUGACAGCCUAGCUAAAGCAGCCGCAUUGUCGAAUCGUAAACGUUGCCGAUGGCGCCCGCUCUGCACGCAAUAAAAUGGCGGUACUCAAACGACAUUGGGGGAAUGGGCUGUUGACACUGUUCGCGUAGAUUGUUUAUGGGGAAUUCCCUCGGGCGAGUUGGAGCGAUCCAGAAGCGCUCCAUGGUCGCACCCUUAGAGUGGUAAGUGCUAGCACGUACUUUUGCGCGGGAGAAUAUGAUGACAGAAACGUGGUACAGAACCACUUUAAAUUCACCGAGGAAAUUUCCCAUUGGUUGCUUUAUACGCCUUGUGUACAAGGCCGUGAGCCCCGAACUCGUGAUGUAGUGAGCGCGAAAGCAUGUUCAGUACAUUGCGAACUGCCAAGGGAUAGCUACCUUAUUUGUUUUUGUGCCGUACCGUUGCUGUUAAGCGUUGCGCCCUUUCGAAAGACAAGUUGAAUAAAAUGGUAAUUUGUUAACUCUUAAAA